AUGCAGGGCGAGUUCUCGAAAGACUUCACUCGACUUCUGGUUGCAAACGGGGUGGCUUGGUAUGUUACGGAGAAUCCUGAGACAAAGGCAUUUGUGAACAAGUGGUGCCCGAAGAUAGUUCACAUACCUCAUCGACAGUUAUUGGCUGGCCCGCUGUUGGAUAAAGCAGUUGAGAUGGCAGUGGGGAAGGUACAGGCUCGGGUCAAGGGUGGGCUGGCAAUGGGUGAGUGUGAUGGAUGGACACAUGGGUCAAAGACUCCAAUUGAGACUUCGAUGAUGACAGUGGCAAACGAGCACUACCUUGUUUGCACACAUGAUCUGUCAGGCCAGCCAAAGACAGGUGACAAUCUAUAUGCAAUAAUAAAAUCUGACAAGCAGUACAUCGAGGAUACAUACCUUGUCGAAAUUAUUGCGUGGAUUACAGACGAUGGGCCAGAUGGAAAGAAGGCACAUCGUCUUCUGCAUCAGGACCACCCUUGGAUCAUCGUGUCCGUAUGUUGGGCCCACCAAAUCAAUCUUAUCGUUGGUGACUACUUGAAACAAAACCCAAUGCUCAAGCUUUAUGUCAACCAAGCCAUUAAGGUCAUCAAAUGGUUUCGAGAUCAUGACUUACCCUGUCAAUGGCUCAAUCAAGAACAGCUUCUUGAUCACCCCCAUGCUUUAGCCCUUGUCCUUCCCGUUAUCACUUGCUGGAUGUACCACUACCUCUCGAUAUCUCGUCUUCUUACGGUCUCAGGGCCGUUGCGGGCUUUGGUAGAGGAGGUGAUGGGCAUUGUGGAGGACCCUGAGUUCUGGGAUCAGAUCUGCUGGUACCGGGUAUAUGGAAGGGAGGCAAACUUAGAUUUCUGGAAGGCAUGUACUGAGUAUCACCAUUGCCAAGGUCGGUUUUCGGAUGAGAACAUGGCUCUUUCAUUUGUACAACAGGCUUGCAAGAAAGAGGGCAAGGAGUUGGAUGUUGUCCGAGUAUGGCAUGCUCUUGAAGAUGAGAAGGCAGGCCCCGACUUUAACGGUCACCAAGGCCUUAUCAAGCUUGCAAUUCGUCUUCUCAGUAUCAUUGUCAACUCUGCGGGAUCGGAACGCAGUUUCACAAAGUUCGGUAACAUACAUACCAAACUCCACAACCGCCAAUCCACCUCUUCGAUGCACAAGAUCACGACUGUACACAUAGACAUUGAACGUGACCAUGCCAACUCGAAACACCAACGGCUCAAGCGCAAGUUCAGUGAUGUUGAUGGCAAAGAGUCCACUGAUCCAACAACUACCCCGAAAUCAUCAUUCUCUAUCCUCAAUGAGAUGCUGCCCCUGUCGGCCAAUCUUCCCCUCGAGCCUGAGGAGGGCGCGGAGGACAUCGGACCCAUCAAGCUGUGCGAUCUUUUCGCUUAUCCAGUGUUGACCACUGAUUCUGGUGAGCACUCCAACUCGUCGCUUGGAUUCUUUUGGAAGAGUGGUGUUAGGAAUGUUGAGCUUGAGAUGGACUUACAUGCGAAACUUUGUGGAGAGGACUAA